UUUUAAUAUCACAGUGAACCCAACGAUCUCGGUGCGGGUCAUAUCUUUUUGUUUUGUUUUUUGUACUUUGCGCGAAAGCUGUUCGAGGGAAUGCUUCAGCGAGAUGCAGAGCACAAAUGGAUUAGUACGCUCAAUGACUGUACCAGAUAUGGUAGGCAUUGCGAAGCCUUAUCCCUUUUCAUUCACAAGGUGCGGUGUUCAUCCAGUUUUGGACUUGAUCACCAAGUUUUUGCACCCAUUCUUAAAUCUUGUGCUGCCCUUCGGACCACCGGUUUGGGAAGGGCUCUCCAUAGUUGUAUACUGAAACUGGGCCAUUCCUAUUGCCAAUCCGUGUCCAAAGCACUGCUUAACAUGUAUGCUAAAUCUGGAGCUCUCCUUGAUUGCCAUAAGUUAUUCCGACAAAUGCCGACUUCGGAUACUGUGGUUUGGAACAUUGUCUUAUCCGGGUUGUCGGGUUAUCGGGAGUAUGAUGAUCAAGUUUUUGAUUUGUUUAAUUCAAUGCGUGUUUCCAGUGAAGUAAAGCCAAAUCCUGUUACGUUUUCCAUUGCUCUUCCUGUGUAUGCUCGGUUAGGAGAUAUAAAUGGAGGGAGGAUUCUGCAUUCCUGUAUGAUAAAGUCUGGAUUGGAUGCACAUACGAAUGUUGGGAAUGCUUUAAUAUCGAUGUACGCAAAAUGCGGACUAGUAAGAUCCGAUGCUUAUGCUGCAUUUUGUAGCAUUUGUGACAAAGAUGUUGUCUCGUGGAAUGCAAUCAUUGCAGGUUUUUCUGAGAAUAAUUUAUUGGAUGACGCUUUUGGAUUGUUCAGGGAGAUGCUGAAAGGGCCAAUAGCACCUAAUGUUUCAACGAUUGUGAGUAUUCUACCUGUUUGUGCUUCUUUCACCAAGAAUGUUGCCUGCUACUUGGGGAAGGAAAUUCAAUGUUUUUUACUGAGGACUGAGAUGGGAGGAGAUGUUUCUGUCUGCAAUGCCUUGGUCAGCUUCUAUUUGAGAGUUGGGCACAUAGACAAAGCGGAAUCAGUGUUCCGAAAGAUGGAAUCAAGAGAUUUGGUUUCCUGGAAUGCUAUUAUUGCUGGUUAUGUGGCAAAUGGUUAUUGGCUGAGAGCUUUGGAUUUGCUUCAAGAAUUACUCUCUGCAAAUAUGUUUGAACCAAAUGCUGCUACUCUUGUUAGUAUUCUUUCGGCCUGUGCACACUUAAAGGAUCUCCAGGUUGGAAAAGUGAUCCACGGGUAUAUUCUUCGGCAUUCUUGCUUAUAUGCAAAUACACCGGUGUCAAAUGCCCUUGUUAGUUUCUAUGCAAAAUGCAAUGACAUAGGAGCCGCAUAUCAGACAUUUUCGAUGAUUCCUUGGAGAGACUUGGUUUCAUGGAAUUCUAUUCUUGAUGCGUUUGCAUGGUGUGAAUAUGAUGCUCAGUUUCAGGGACAUUUAAACUGCAUGCUGGGGGAAGGAUUUAGGCCAGACUUCAUCACUGUCUUAGCCAUCAUACGGUUUUGUGUCCGCGUUUCUAGCGUAGUAAAGGUUAAAGAAAUUCAUAGCUACUGCCUCAAGGCUGGUAUGUUACUAGGUGAUUGUGAACUUGCUGUUAUAAAUGCAAUAAUCGAUGCAUAUGCCAAAUGUGGUAAAAUGGAAUAUGCUUCCAGGAAUUUUCAGAAUUUAUCGAGAAAGAAUUUGGUUACAUUCAAUUCAAUAAUUUCAGGUUACAUGAAUUCAGGAUCGUAUGAUGAUGCAUUUAUGAUAUUUAAUGGGAUGUCAAUAAGGGAUCUCACCUCUUGGAAUUUGAUGAUUCAAGCAUGUGCUGCAAUUGAUUGUCAUGGUCAAGCUGUCAACCUUUUCCAUGAUUUACAAGCUCAGGGUCUGAAGCCUGAUGCAAUGACCGUCAUGAGUAUUCUUCCUGUCUGUGCUCAAAUGGCCUCUGUAUACUUGUUGAGGCAGUGCCAUGGUUAUGCUAUAAGAGCUUGUGAUCAAGAUGCUCGAUUGGAGGGAGCUCUUAUAGAUGCAUAUGCAAAAGGUGGUAGCAUAUGGAUUGCUCAUAAGCUUUUCCAUUUAGCUCCUGUUAAGGAUCUGGUUAUGUUCACUUCAAUGAUUGGUGGGUACGCAAUGCAUGGCAUGGGAAGUGAAGCACUUAGCCUUUUCUCUUAUAUGUUUGAGUUGGGGUUGAAGCCUGACCAUGUUAUCAUUACUGCAAUUUUAUCUUCUUGCAGUCAUGCUGGCCUCAUAGAUGAAGGGUUGAAAAUAUUUAAGUCACUAGAGACUUCUCAUGGGAUGAAACCAAGCAUUGAGCAAUAUUCUUGCAUUGUGGAUCUUCUAGCUCGAGGAGGACGAAUCAAUGAUGCGUAUUCUUUAGUUGCUGGUAUGUCUGUUGAAGCAAAUGCCAGUGUGUGGGGUGCAUUGUUGGGUGCCUGUAGGACUCAUCACGAGGUGGAAUUGGGUCGUGUUGUGGCAGAUCACCUUUUUCUUGAAGCUAGUAAUGUUGGGAACUAUGUUGUAAUUUCAAACCUAUAUGCGGCCGAUGCUAGAUGGGAUAGUGUCAUGGAGGUGAGAAAAUUGAUGAGAACAAGAGAUUUGAAAAAACCUGCAGGAUGCAGCUGGAUUGUGGUGGAGAAGAGAAAUAACGCCUUCAUAGCUGGAGACUGUUUUCAUCCUAGGAGAGAAAUCAUCUAUAGUACUUUAAGUACCUUGGAUCAACAAAUGAAGGAACGUUUUAUAUGAUAAGAUCAAUGUGUUCAUGUAUAGCACUUGAGCCUCAUAAAAGAAGGAUAAUGCCAUUAAAUUGCCUAUAUCCUUAAAAUGUUAUUGAUCAAAACCUUGAUAGACUGAACACUUCUGUUGGUAUGGGCAUUCUACUUUAGUGGAUCAGAUCCAUUGGAGCCUCGAGUGAAUCUAGCCUUAGUGGUUCGAAUUGAUAUUCCUCAACUUCAACAGAUGAAUUGGAUAGAGGCAGCCAAGAGCAGAAGGUUUCAGUUAACUAUCGAUAUUGAUAUUUUAAUUUCUGCUGGGAUUCAGUUAACUGUAAAUAAAUCAUUUGACUUUCUAUAUACAGUUGCUGAAUUGUAAUUUUCAUUUUGAAGGUGAUCUACCAAUGACAAGGACCAAGACAUGUUGGACUACUACUCAUUUUUGUUUCUG